AGUACAUCCGGUGUCGGUCUCCUGAAGGUCAUGACCUGGUGGGCGUGUUGUACCGUGCCGUGACAAGCCCGGGCUUAGAUCAGCGGAUUUCUCCGAAAACCUGCAGCACCCGAAACUUUGGCAGCGCAGACUACAAAAGUCGGAAGCCAGCAGCAGACUUGCUUCAGUCUUGCCUUGGCCCCGGCAGCGGUCACAGCGAGAAGCGAGGAGUGUUCGGAGAGUCUUCGGUUGGAGAAGAAAACAUGGCGCUACAGUGGUUGAAGCGUGCUGUUGUUUACACAAGCGUCUUACUCGUGUUGAGUGGCCUAGUGUCUUCAAAGAAGUCUUCGGACCGUCAUUGUUCCGAGUAUGGCGUACUGAACGAGUCUUGGAGAAGCGUCCAAGUGGAGGAGCGUAACGCGCCUCGCCGCUGCGACGACGGGGACGGGUUCGCCCGAUGGUACCGGUUCAUGGGGGAGGCCGGCACGGCCAUGCCGACAGAACCACCGCCGUCCUCCCACCGCUGCGGCUCCGACGCCCCCGUCUGGGUCAACGGGACCAACCCAACGUAUGAAGACGGCGUGGUCGAGCGGCAGGCGUGCGCACGGUUCUCGGGGAAUGUCUGCUCUUGGUCAUGGACGAUCCACGUAAAGAGAUGCCCCGAGGGAUUCCUCAUCUACAAGUUAAAACCAGUGGAAGCAUGUCGUCUGACAUAUUGUGGUUUAGGUGUUCAAAAAGUGGCGGUUGAUGACGUCGCCAGGCCUGCAUCCAAUGAAGACGACGAUGGAUCUGGUGCGUUGGACGUACACAAAGAAGUUCCCAUAGCAAAAGUUCAUUCAGCUUGUCGCGACUACCGCAUAUUGAAUGAGCCACAGAGAAGUAUACACAAUCAAGUGGAUCCAAAUGCAGCCGCAAUCGACCUUAUUUGCGAUCAGAGGAGCAAGGUGGAAAAUAGACUAUGGUACCGCUUUGAGGGAGAAGGCGGCGGCAUGAUACCCACGGAGCGCCCCCUUACGGCCAAUCGCUGCGGUACACACGCUCCUGUCUGGAUGCAAGGAAGGCAUCCAACCGUAGAGGAAGGUGCUGUUACGCGGACCGUGUGCGCGUUCUGGGACAGAAAUGACUGCAACUGGUCCUGGAAGAUAAAAGUGCUCUCGUGUCCCGGAGGUUACUUCGUCUACAAGUUACGAAAACCAACAGAAUGUCUACUUGCGUACUGCACAACAGAUGGAUCCCCUCAGAGGACCACGCCGCCUCCGACACCUGUCAGAUCUGAGGAUUUCCUGAGUGAUGAGGAGGAUGAAGUCAGUGGAUCAGGGGAUGACAAAGUAGUUAGGAAGAAUCUGGCUCUUCAUAAACCGACAAGGCAGUCAUCUCUAUGGGACGCCGGGUACUCGGGAAACGCCGUGGACGGUGUCCGCAGCACGGACUGGUACAGCGGAUCCUGUACGCACACCAAGGCCAGUCUUCGUCACAACGUCUGGAAGGUCGGCACAACAGACCCCUGGUGGUACGUGGAUCUCGGCUCGUCCUAUCCAAUCGGCAAGAUCGUCAUCGUGAACCGAAGAGCACGGAAUCCUGUGGUGACGGCAAGGAUCAGCCCGUUCGACAUCCACGUCGGAAGUUCCGAAAUCGUAGCGGCGAAUCCGAAGUGCGGCCAUGGCGGACGCGUUUUCCCGCCCGGGGAAGACGAGAUGGGCGUGUCGUGCGGAGGGAUACAGGGGAGAUACGUCGGAAUUCGCCUCCCUGGAGAGAACAGAAUCCUGACUCUGUGUGAGGUUGAAGUGUAUGCAGAGGUAAACCCACAGACGACAUUGUCACCUGUUCCUACUGAACCUGUCUCACCUGACGAUGCAGACGAUGUAGGUUCCGGAGCAUCUUCCGAUUCAGUUCAUCCACGGUGUCUUAAGCACAAAGUGGUAUAUAGCGGGUGGAGACAACUGAGGAACAAUGAGUCUCACCACAUGUGCGACAAGAGUAAGGUUAGCGGGAUAAAAGAUGGUCGCUGGCAUCGCUUCCUGGACGCAAGAGAUGCCAGUAUGGUGAUACCCACGGAGCGCCCCCUGUCGACCCACCGCUGCGGUACACACGCUCCUGUCUGGAUGAAAGGAAGGCAUCCGACCGUAGAGGAGGGUGCUGUUACGCGGACCGCCUGCGCGUUCUGGGACGAAGAUGAAUGCAAGUGGUCCUGGGAGAUCGACGUCAUGGCGUGUCCUGGUGGUUACUUCGUCUACAAGUUACCAAUACCCCCAGUCUGUCAACUCGCGUACUGCACAACAUAUGGAAAUCCACAGACUACAACCGACGAUUCACUGAGCGAUGAUGAGGAUGACGUUGGGUCCGGGGAACCAUACGACGAAGUAACCCCACAAACAACAAUGCCAUCUACGACGACAGUAGGCUGUGUUACACAAGCUCUCGGCCGGGGGGCGGCAACUUCGGGGCGGCCGACCGCCAGGAGCGCGAUUAGUCAGGCUACGACGACAGUUCCUGUCCCAACGGAUGCGCCACCUAGCGAUGAUGAAGACGAUGCUGCUAGUGUUACCCCAUGCCCUAGCCACUAUGUAUUAGACGAGCCAUGGAGAAGUGUGAACGCACAGAGUGAGGACAUGUGCGACAAGAGAACCUCCCUAAAGCACGACCAGUGGUACCGCUUCGUGGGAGCAGGAGGCACCAUGAUGCCAACAAAGCGCCCCCUGGAGACAAAUCGUUGCGGUACACACGCUCCCGUCUGGAUGAAAGGAGAGCAUCCAACCAGCAUCCAGGGUGCGGUUAGGCGAACUGCGUGCGCGUUUUGGGAAGGGGAAGAAUGUCAUUGGUCAUGGACAAUCCACGUCAUGGCGUGUCCGGCAGGCUAUUACGUCUACAAGUUGCCGAAACCGACGAUUUGUCACGCUGCUUACUGCACAACAGUUCCCCUUGAUGAAGAUGCUGAGGGGUCUGGCGAGUCAGAGGGUUCAGGCGACAUGACGUAUACACGGCGAGGUGAUACGCAGUACAAGAUAUACACCGAGUCCAAGACCUACGACGCUGCCAAGAAGACGUGUGCUGCAGACGGCGGCCAUCUUGCGGUCAUCAAGACAGAGGCCGUGUACAACUUCCUUCUAGGCAUGAUUCGAGACGCUGACGUGAACGAAGACUACUGGAUUGGGCUCAAUGACAAAGCGGUUGAGAGCAGAUGGACCUGGGCCGAUGGAGAACCGCUGAAUGAUGGCGGUUUCACCAAAUGGGCGCCAGGAGAACCCAACAACGCUGAAGGUAUCCAGGACUGUGGGCAGCUAUGGGCAGCUAAAGACUUCCGAUGGGACGAUGACAGGUGUUACUAUGCGAAGUACUUCAUUUGCCAAAUAGGUCCAGGAGAGGCAUAUGAUGAAGAAGACAUCAUCUUCGUUGAAGAACCUGAGGAAGAACCCUUGCCUACACAAGAAGCAGGGAAUGAUUGUCCAGAAAACAACAUAGUAGUAUUACCGUCCGGUAAGUACUACUACUCCAGUGAUGAUGCCAUGACGUACGAAGACGCGCAGACAGAAUGCAGAAGGAAAGGCGGAAUAGUUGCCGUCCCGAGGAACGAAGAGGAACAAAGAAACGUGGUGAUGCUGAAGAAUUGUGUCAGCAGAGAUAACCAGUUCUGGUUGGGGGUGAGAUGGUCACCAGAAGGAUGGGUGGACGGUAGAGGCGAUGCCCUGGGGAGCUUUUCGACUUGGGCCCCCGGAGAGCCGAACGACAGAUACAACGGCUACAGAUGUGCGCACAUUGUCUAUGGUAACAAAGAGGGAGAAAGGCGAAACAACUGGGCCGAUGCAUACUGCAACUCACUGUUUAACUUCGUCUGUGAGGUGGAAGAUCAAGAAGCUAUCGGCCCUAACGUGAACGCAGCAUCGUGCUCGGAGGUGAAGUCUUCUUUCCCUGCAGUCAAGGAUGGCGAGUACACACUCCGCCCCUUUUCAACGUGCGAAGAUGUAUCCCUCCGCGUCUACUGCCACAACAUGGCGUCCGAGCAGCCAGAAGAAUUUCUAACCCUGCCGUCCGGGCCGGACAACAACUUCGCCAACAUCUUCGCAAAUCGACUGAGGGAUAAUUAUGGAGGCCGGUGCAAUGGACCACUACAGGACCCAUAUGCCAGACGCGCCGGGACCACGAAGUUCAGCAAAAUCCGAAUCAAGUUUGAAAACUCCAAGGUCAAGGUCAUUCGAGAUGACUACACCUUUGCUAGUACUGACGGCUACAAUAAUGUAGCUUACGGCGAGGCAGGUGACUGUUAUUCUUGGAAACAAGGAUGCGCGAAAGGAACAUUUAAGUUGAAUCUUACUGGGACGGAUCUCUCGUUGGCUUCCGACGUCCACUGGGUCAUGGAGGAACGCUACCCAGAGUAUAUCAGCAUCAACGAUAUGUUCAUCUCAGAGGACAGAACGGUUGCCUCAGCGCGUUGUGGCGGGUGGUGUGGCCAUUGUUGGCCUGUUGAAAAGACCCUGCUCCUCUCCCAUCCACAAUGUGACGGAAACAGCCAAAACAGCAAGACCAAAGGAUGCCCAAUACCAGGCUACAUCCCAUUGAACGGAGCCUGCUACAAGAAAUUUGCAGAACCAAAAACGUACGCUGAAGCUCGCGAGAGGUGUGCCGCAGACGGUGGGCUGAUCGCCAUGCCACGAGACAGAGCAACCAACCGAUUCAUCACCAAUUUACAUCCCGGAGUCAGCUGGCUUGGGUUGACCGACAUCAACAGAGAGGGCCAGUGGGUGUUCGAGGACGGCCAAACCCUGGAGUCAUCCGGCUAUUCCAGCUGGGCCCACAAAGAACCGAAUGAUGCUGAUGGGAACGAAGAUUGUGCCCAAUUUACGAAGACCAGGGCGUUCUGGAAUGAUGUACCCUGCAGCACCACCAUUGGAUUCACCUGUCAGAUAGGACAUGCAACCUUCCAAAAGUUACCUACAGCAUAA